CUGUCUAUGUUCUUGUAAUGAUAAAACACCGUAAACCAAAGAACGGAAGAAAGUCGAGAAGCCAGAAAUCUAAAGUCGAAAGCCCUAGACCUUGAAGAUGUUCUACUCACACAGCUUUCUUGCAAAGAAAAGUCCUUUAGGGACGAUUUGGAUGGCAGCGCAUAUGCAACAGAUUCGAAAGCCCCAAAUCGUCGCCACCGAUAUCCCUUCCUCUGUCGAUUGUAUAAUGUUCCCGGAAGUCCCAAUUGCACUAAGAUUGUCAGCACACCUUCUACUGGGUGUCGUUGUUAUAUAUUCAAAGAAGGUGGAGUAUCUCUGGCGUGACAGCAAUACGAUAUGGCGGACAAUAAACACUGUCUUUGGCACAGGAGAUGUUAAUUUACCAGAGGAUGCAACUCAUGCUCCAUUUUACGCUGUUACUUUGCCAGAAACAUUUGAGCUUGAUGCUUGGAAUUUGGAUGCUGAGUUCUCUCUUGAUGGAUCACCAGAUAAUCAUCUUAAGAGUCGUGAAGAGAUUACACUCAUAGAUCAGAUCCCUGCUGAAGGAAAUCCUUAUAUUGCUUUCUUCAUCGAUGAGGACAUUAGAAUGGAUAUAUCUCCACCUGCAGAGAUUCCAGAAAUUAGUCCAAUGGAAGAAGAUGUCCCCUAUUCAGUUCCAGCAGACAAUGUUGUGGGUGUUUCAGAUCCUGGUCCAAGAGAUCAAACAGCAGCAUCCAGUCAGAGGGAUGCUGAAGUUCCUACCUCCCAAGGCCUCCCUGAAAUUGAAGUUAUUCGUGAUGCUGUUCAUAACUUUGGGUCGGAAGACUUUCCAGAGUUGCCAGACCUCAGUGAUGGUGCUUUUGAACAAAACAGUCAAUUCAACCAGAACAUGAGUGGGGAAAGGGAACUUUCUCCAAUUGUGGAGGAUAUACUAGUUUCUGGAGGGCAAUCUGAACCAUUUCAGUUACAACCAGAACCGCCAGCAUCUGUUGCUUCAGAAGAGGCUCUUGAGGGUUUCAACACCCAUUUUUCAUUGGGUCAUAUGUCACCUGGAUUAGUGAUUCAACCAACACCGCCUGUUGAGAAACAAAAACCGAGACCAAGGAAGAGAAAACAGUCGUUUGAUCAGUCUGUAGUGUUGCCGAAUAAGUUCAUGAAGGAGAGCCUCAAAGACCCUAGUCGUCUAGUACACCGUCGUAAGAAACUUCCUUGCACAAAUUUGGAUGUUUGGAGGUUCAACAACAGGUUAAGGACGGAGCAUGUCUUCCAUGAACAAUCAAUUUCUGGGUUGUGUACAGAUCUUCAAAACAUUUAUAAGAAGGAUUUCAUUUCUUCCAGAGUUGGUUUAAUUCCUACAGAGGAUGCUCCUGCUGAAUUGAGGGGUGCACAGUCUCCUGCUCCCAUACCUGACCAUGAGAUGGAAACACAAAACAUUUAUAAGAAGGAUUUCAUUUCUUCCAGAGCUGGUUUAAUUCCCACAGAGGAUGCUCCUGCUGAAUUGAGGGGUGCACAGUCUCCUGCUCCCAUACCUGACCAUGAGAUGGAAAUUGAACACCUUCGAUUUGAGGAAGGCCAUGUUGGUUCCAUUUCUAUUUCUGAAUUGAUGCCUACUUCACCUGGAUUGGUGCCUUCACCAUCUAUUAGAGAUGGAUUCACUCCCAUCCAUGCCAGCAGUUUAGGGCCAGGGCACAUGUCAGAAAUGUCAGCUGGAACUGAAGUACUGCCUACACCUGAUCGAGAGGGAUUUACUGAACCACCUAGCACUGAGUUGGGAACACCAAUGACUCGUUUCGAGGAGCAUUUCAGUCUCAGAGAUACUGGUUUUUCAGUUAUUCCAGAGUUGCUAAAUUCUGCAGAAGCAGAUGACCUAAAUUUUCUGGAAGCAUAUGACACACCAGCUAGUAAGCUAACUGGGAACAGACAAAAUGAAGAAGUUGACACACUAUCUGUAAGGACCAGGGCUGUGGCUCAAUAUUUGAGAAGGCAGUCACCUUUAACUCCAAAUUCAAAGGGUCCAUCAGGAAUCCUUAGCUUGAACAAGAUUUUAGAAGGAAAAACCAGAAAAUUAAGUGCGCGGAUGUUCUACGAAACACUGGUUUUGAAGAGUUAUGGACUAAUUGACGUAGAGCAAGAAGUACCUUAUGGUGACAUUACUUUGAAGUCGACUGUGAAACUUUCAAAAGCUCAACUUUGAGGUCAUAUUGUUUUGACUUAUUUGCAGGCCUUCAUGUACAUAUUUAUGUUUCUACACCAGCAUUGAUGGAAUUCUCUGUAAGUGCAAAAUUGAGCUGCACUGAAGAAAGCAAAGCUGUUGACUUUGAAGUCAUUUAUGCCUUUAUGGGUACUUCUACAAAUUAUGCUAGAUUAGUGUAGUUAUCUAUACUCAGGAAAGCUAAGUUGACAACUCGGAUAGUGUUUUUUGUAUGUGGUCGAUCAUAUUGAGAAUUGUAUCAGAUGUAAGCUUAUUUGCCUCACCAUUCAUGUAAUUAAAUUAAGCUCUGAAUGCACUUCUUUUAUGAAGUGAUUUAAAAGGCAUAUUCCCAUGUCCUGAAACUCCCCAAAUACAGCUCUAAUAUCUAUUUCAAGUGAAAAAUAAUCUCAACCAAACCAUUGGAAUCUCAGCCAGUAAUGCAACACUUUGUUUCAGUUUGGAUGUCAAGAAAAGAAAAUAGUAAAUAUUAGUGGAGUCGUAUGCUUUGAAAAAUUUCUUUAGUUCUGCUCUUGCAUUCUCCAACAGGAAAUGAUAAAUAUCAAGAAAUAAGAUCGUACGGUCAUCUGGGUUGCGUGUACUUAAAGAUUCCAAACUAAAUGUCUCUUCUGGUCAGUCUACCAUUGUUGCUAACUGCCACUGCGGUUUACCUUGAAAUCUACUAUUGUAUACGGACGACACGUAAGAUAGAAACGGUUGAAGUGACCGUUACAAAACAAACAGGGAUGAGAUAUUCGUAAUCGUGUCCAACGGCGGGCCGCGGAGAACAGUAGCCUCGUUGAAGCGUUCAAAAAAGCUGCCAAAGUACAACAACGAACAGCUGCCCAUGGGGUCCACUCCACGAUGGCAUUGACACGAAGCGUUAAUUCCACGUGUAAGCACCAGAGGAUGCACGAUAAGUUGUUCACCCAUCUGGGCUGGUUGGGCUAGUGGGCUCGUGGGCUCGUGGGCCUUCCCUUCUAUAAAUAAGGAGUAUGGUAGUGGUGGAUUCUCUCAAGUUCCAGCUCUGACGCUCUGAGUUUCUUUACAAGGUCUCUCUAGUCUCAACUCUGAACACAACGGAGAUCCAAGUCUUCUCUCCAAACCAGGAAAGCUCUUCUUCUGUGUUGAUAGCUGAUAGAUCAGUAAUGGCAUUGGUGUCGGUUCUCAACAGCUGCUUUGGUCCUUCCUCCUCCUGUGUCUCCAACGAAUUGAUGGAAGCAGAUGAUGAUCGACGAAACCAGAAAAAGUCGGAACAAAAAGAUAAAAGCAGUGAAAGAGAAGCCAAAAUCUAGAGCUCCUCCACCAGUUCCAGUUUCUUACUUCCCCGUUAACUCAUAUCUCUCUCGCCUGUAGCGUUUCUACUUUGUUGUGAUAACUCUUAUCUCUAUUAGACUGUUACCAUGAAAUAUGCAGAAAUGAUAACUCUGUGUUUUUCAA